UUCAUCGAGGCAACUGAAGCUCCAGGUAGACGGAUUUACGAAAGGCCGUGGGAUGGCAUAUUUGGACUUUCCGGCCUAUCGAAAUCGACCAUCACAGGAGCUCGUCCCAUCUGGAGAACGAUGAUGGAUGAAGGGGUAGUUACAAAGAAAGUGUUCUCGAUAUGGCUUCGACGGUACAGUGAUUCUGGUGAAAACGGUGGAGAAAUAGUCUUUGGAGGUAUAGACCAAGAGCACUUCACCGGAGCUCAUACCUACGUUGAUGCGGAAGGGCCGCAUAACACCUUCAAGAUUAACUCCUUUUUUGUGGGCAAAAUUGACACGAAAGUUUGCUCCAAGGGAUGCAAAGUUCUUGUGGACUCGGGGAGUACAUACAUUCGUGGUCCACCGAAUUUGAUCGUCAAGAUUAAUAAGCAAAUCGGAAUAGCAGCAGACUGCUCUAAUUAUGACAAGCUGUCUGAAGUUAUAAGCUUCACAAUAGCCGCAAAAACUUUUACCCUCACACCACGUGAUUACAUUGAGAGAAAGAAUGGGAAAUGCAAGAGUGUAUUCGCGGAUGCUACGACUGAUUUAUGGCAACUUGGCACGCCAUUCAUUCGAGCAUUUCAUACUGUUUGGAACUACCAGACUCCGGGAAUUGUUAAAGUCGGAUUCGCCAAGUCCAAAUAAUUUCUCUUAUUAUCUCCUACCUGUUUGUGGUAUUAUGAUAUGUACUCUAUAAAUUAUUAACUAAAA